GUCCGCCAAUGGGAAGAGGGCAGGCCGCGGCAGGAAAGCGAGGCUGGUUUCCGGUCCCGCGUGCGCGCCCCCGUCCUUUUCCCCCGCUUUCUUGUCUCUUUCUGAGGCUGAAAGAUGCAGGGCAACAAGGGCUUCGCGAUGGAGAAGCAGAACCAUACUCCCAGGAAGCAGCAACAGCACCAGCAUCAUCAGCAACAGCAGCUACAGCAACAACAACAACCCAGCCCUGCGAAUGGGCAGCAGGCCAACAGCCAAAAGCGAUUCUGUACCUUAUUCCCCUCAGAUGAAGGCCUGACCAUUGACCUGAAAAACUUCCGGAAGCCCGGUGAGAAGACCUUCACCCAGAGGAGUCGCCUGUUUGUGGGGAACCUGCCUCCGGAUAUCACAGAAGAGGAGAUGAGGAAGCUCUUUGAGAAAUACGGGAAGGCUGGUGAAGUGUUCAUUCACAAGGACAAGGGCUUUGGCUUUAUCAGGCUGGAGACCCGGACUCUGGCUGAGAUUGCCAAGGUGGAGCUGGACAACAUGCCCCUGCGGGGGAAGCAGCUGCGGGUGCGCUUUGCCUGCCACAGCGCCUCUCUGACAGUCCGGAACCUGCCCCAGUUUGUGUCCAAUGAGCUCCUGGAGGAAGCAUUUUCCAUGUUUGGCCAAGUGGAGAGGGCUGUUGUGAUUGUGGAUGACAGGGGAAGACCCUCGGGCAAAGGCAUUGUGGAAUUUUCUGGGAAACCAGCUGCUAGGAAAGCCCUGGACAGAUGUGGCGAGGGCUCCUUCCUGCUCACCAUGUUCCCUCGGCCAGUGACCGUGGAGCCCAUGGAUCAGUAUGAUGACGAGGAGGGGCUGCCAGAAAAGCUGGUCAUCAAAAACCAGCAAUAUCACAAGGAGCGUGAGCAGCCUCCCCGCUUUGCUCAGCCUGGGUCCUUUGAGUAUGAGUACGCCAUGCGCUGGAAGGCCCUGAUCGAGAUGGAGAAGCAGCAGCAAGAACAGGUAGACCGCAACAUCAAAGAGGCCCGGGAGAAGCUCGAGAUGGAGAUGGAGGCAGCUCGCCACGAGCACCAAGUUAUGCUCAUGCGGCAAGACCUGAUGAGGCGUCAGGAAGAGCUGCGAAGAAUGGAGGAACUGCAUAACCAGGAGGUGCAGAAGCGUAAACAGCUGGAGCUCAGGCAAGAGGAGGAGCGCCGGCGCCGCGAGGAAGAGAUGCGGAGGCAGCAGGAGGAGAUGAUGAGGCGACAGGAAGGCUUCAAGGGUGCCUUCCCCGAUGCGAGGGAGCCUCCAGAUAUGCGAAUGAGCCAGAUGGGCAUGGGAGGUGCCAUCGGCAUGAACAACCGGCCGGCCAUGGGAGGCACUGCUGUCCCAGCGGGGCCACCUCCCACCACUGGCCCUGGACCAAUGAUUCCCGAUGGAACCAUGGGCAUGACCCCGCCGCCACCCCCUGACCGCUUUGGCCAGACCACUCCAAUGGAAGGCCUGGGGACGAUGGGAGGAAGCGCACCUGCCUUCAACCGGGGAGCUCCUGGUGCUGAUUUCGGCCCCAACAAGCGCCGCAGAUACUAACAGAGGGAUGGGAGGCAGAGGCGUUUCUUGCGAGAGACCCUCAAGGCUUUCUUUCCUCCUUUCUUUCUUUGGGCCAGAUUUGUCCAGGGUUUAGGCAACGGCGAUGAUUCCCCCCCCUUCCCCCGUGCAUUCCUGCAAAGCGCAAUGUGAAAGCGGACCCCAGGAGGCUCCAAAUAGCUGUGUAGUGUGUGUGUUUAUAUAUGAGUGUGAGGCCGGGUUAGGACCCUGGCGCCUCUCCCAUUCCCAGGCCCCUCCACACAGGCCCAGCUCCACAGGGGCCUUUCGUUGAGGUUGGGGGGCUGCCCAUGUCUGUAGCCGCAGAGAGCUUAUCAUGUAUUGGGGGGGGGGGGUUAGUGGGAGGGCAAGGGGGAGUUAGUUUUUAAAAAAAAUCAAAACUUGUACCUUUUUACUUUUCUUUCUCUGGACCAUUUUCCCUCCUCCUUUUGGUUGCCGCGCAGCGGUGGGGCUGGCGAUCCUGGGGGGCGAGAAUUAUCCAAUGUGUCGUACUGGUCUUUUCUCUUUUUUUCUGAUUUUUUUUUAAACUGGUAGAAAAAGUACACAACGAUUGGAUGAAGAAGAAAAGAACUGUUUCCUGCCGAAGUCUCAAAAACGACUCUUUGUAUAACCCUAACUUUGCCUGUCUUGUGUUAGAAGUAUGAGGCUUUUUUCAUUUCUUUCUUUGUGAACCUGAGCUGUAAUCGUCCACUAACAGGUUGAGUUCGUCUGAAGACCGUUAACAGGAAUGCGUUUAUUAAAAGGGAUUUUAAGCCUUUUUUCCCC